ACAGAUUCCCUCGGUGUGUUUCCGCCCCUGACGUCAGCGCACGAGUCCUUCCUCCAGGCGAGGGGAAGCGUUUAUGAUCUCCGGUGCAUGGAUGUCUGAAUAGCGCCUCCUGCACACAGAAAACAAGUCCCACAAAGUAUUUCCAGCAGGACACUGACGACCUCUUUCUCAGUUUACGCAAACCUCUUUCUUCCAAAGAGGCAGCAGUGUGUGUGUGUGGUGUGUGUGUGGUGUGUGUGAGGGAGUGUGUGUAUGGUGUUUGGGUGUUUGUAAGUAAUGGACCAGCAAAGACAGCGUGCUCUCUCCACAUCGGGGGAAACACUGUACCAGGUUCUGGGGGUUACUAAGAAUGCCUCACCAGAUGACAUCAAAAAGUGCUACAGGAAACUAGCUCUGAAGUUUCACCCAGACAAAAACCCUGAUAACCCAGAAGCAGCGGAGAAGUUUAAGGAGAUAAACAAUGCUAAUGCCAUCCUCACUGAUCCCACUAAACGCAACAUCUAUGACCAGUACGGUUCUCUGGGCCUCUACGUGGCUGAGCAGUUUGGCGAGGAGAACGUUAACACGUACUUUGUGCUGUCCAGCUGGUGGGCCAAAGCGCUGUUCGUCUUCUGCGGCAUUGUGACGGGUUGCUACUGCUGCUGCUGUCUGUGCUGCUGCUGUAACUGCUGCUGUGGGAAGUGUAAACCACGACCUCCUAUGGAACACGAUCCUGAGUUUUAUGUCUCCCCGGAGGACCUGGAGGCUCAGAUGAAAGCGGAUGAGAGAGACGGUGAUCCCAUCGUCGUGCAGCCUUCCUCAGCUACAGAAACCACUCAGCUGACAGCAGACGGUCACCACACCAGCUACCGCACCGACACUGGACUCAACUAGACGACUCCCUCUCUUUCCCUCCUCUAGAACACCAGACCAGCAGAGGGAGCCAUCCUGCGUCCUCCACCCAGGGACUGCUGAGAGGGCUGGACGAGUGGACAGGUGUCUGUCUGUCUCUGCUGUGAAAUGUCAAAGCUCCCAAAGCUCAGGCUUGCCUCUGCACAUGUAAAGGAGCAAGGUUUUAUUUUUCCUUUGCAUUUUUUUUCUUUUUCAGUCCAAAAACACAGCCUGUUUGACACACUUUCUCACGUACGCGCGUCCCACGCACAGUCCCACACACGCAGCCUCAUCAGUCUUGUAUUUCUGUAGAUAUAGAUCAUGUUCAGUCUGAUGCAUUCAAAUGCAUUCAUCUUGAACUAAUGCGUAGUUCUUAAUAAGUAGUGUCCUCGUUUUACUUGGACGUCCAAAUAUACAAUUUAUUUAAUUUAUUAACCUACAGUUGAAAGACAAAUCUCUGGAAUCUAAAUGACUAAAUUAUUGAUUCUUACUAAUAAUGUUAUGAACUUCAAUAUUAAGUAUCUUAGGUUUUUACAUUGAUUUUGUCAACACAGCAACCGAAUACCUUUGCAUGUGUAUUGAAUAUAGAAAUGGCUAACCACGUAACCACAUUUUAGUUUAAAUGUCUUUUGUUUUCCUGGUUUAAUGCAAAAUUUAGCAAAGAAUAGUGUACACUGCCCAUUGUCUAUGCAGCCUGCAUUUAUUAUACCGCAUUUUUAUAUCUUAGUAGAGACCACAUGUUCCCUCAAAGAUAGGAAUAUCUGACAGUUUUCACCUUGUGGGGACAUUUGGCUGGUCUCCAUGAGGAAAAUAGUUUUUUAAACCCAUCUGUUUUAUUUAAAAGUCAGAAAGAGCCAAAGGCUUUCUUUUGGAUAAGGUUGUUAAAGUUAGGGUUAGAUUUAGGUGUAAGCAUAGCAUUAAUUAGUUGCAUUAAUAAUUGUCAGUGGAUGGUCCUCACAAGGAUAGUAUAACAAACAAGUGUGUGUGUGUGUCUGCUGUAAUAGAAAUACAGUGCCAUCUUGCCAUCAUGUUGAAGUAUUAGGACAGUAAACUAAUUUUUGACUGUGUAUCAUGUUGGAAUUUUAUGUCCAAGUCCAUAGUUUUAUAAGGGUGUAAGUGAGCUGUGUCUUUCACUGACAUUUACCAACCAGUUCACUAAAUAAAUGUCUGGGAAAGAACAGCAGUAUCUAUUUUUCUUUUAACUUUAAAUUCUUUUUGGUAAAAAUAAUCACUUACCCACACUCUCCCAAAACAUAAGUGAGACAUAACAUAAGCUGCAUGUCUUUUUGUUUUCCAAAGGUCCGUAGGUCACAGGGGAAAGUGUGUGGUUGUGUUUUCAGAUGUUCAAAUACAUAAUGUCUCAAUAGUUGUUAUCAUAUUAACAUGUAGUUCCCUCAUAGUACAAGGACAAACAGAAUUAAUUGAAUUGUGUAAGAUGAAUUUCACAAUUCCUGUAGUUCAUAUAUAGAAGGUAUACAAUUGUGUAAUCGCAAAGGAUGCGUGUGUGUGUGGGGGUGUGGGUGUGUGUGUGUGUGUGUGUGUGUGUGUGGGUGGGUGUGUGUGUGUGUUUUGGGGGGGCGGGGGAGUGGUGUACGUUGGGGUUGGGUGAUGCCUCAGCGGUAUGUGGAUAUGUGGAAACAGUAAUAUCAUUACUGCCACACGGUUAUGUUACUCAGUCAUGACUCUGCUUCUGUGGUCUGUAUACUCUUCCCUCUGCUCUCUCUCUUUGUCUUAUCUCUCACCCCUUUAGUGUUGUUUCUCUGAGGACAAAUAUCAUUUAUAAAUACCUCUGAAAAUGUAUAUUCAGAACUACUCAUCACCCCAUGUCCCUUCUGUUAAGGGCAUUUCCAGUUCAGUAGAAAUGGAUUUCAGUUGCAUUAAUAAUGAUGUGAAAUUUUAAUGCAUCAUUUGUUUCAUUAAUGUUUUCUAAAAGAGCUGAAGUGUCUGCAUGCUUAUUUUUUUCUCACACAAUGGAAGGAAAACACUGAUUGUUUACUGGAAUAUAUUUUAUGUAAGCAUAAAACAAAUCAUAACUUAUUAAAAUAGAAUAAUCCAAAAUGAAUUACUAAAUUUCUUUCAUCUGUGUAAGGAGUAUGUGUAAUGUUAGACCUAUUUUGUGUAGUUUAUUUUGAGUUAAAUGUACUUGCUUAGAUUUUAAUUAUGUGUACAUAUCACAACUGUUGUCUAGCUUAGUAAUAUUCUUUAUGCUUAUAAGGGAAUCACAAAGUCAAAUUCCGUCACAUCUUCAUUUUAUCAUGAUGUCUAAAUCCAAACCCCACUAAAUGGCGAGUCCUAAUAUGAAAGCAUUGACCACAAAAUGAUCACGAAAGUGUGACCCAUCAAAUCUACACAUUUUGGUCAAAUUCCCGAAGGACACUUUUCUGUUACAUUUAUGUAGUGUAUAUUUCUCUUUAUCUAGAUGAUGAAGCAUCAGUUCAGCAGUGUCUGUAUAAAAGCAUUGAAGAAAAUCAAGCAAUCACCUCCCCAGAUUCUUACAGACUGUAAGAAGUGGCAACGUAGAGACAGUGUGAUAUAAUAAUUUAUUUUCGUAUGCUUUUAAAAAAUAGUUCUAAUGAUGUGUGUAUGGAUGUGGCCAUUCAGCUAAAUGGCUGAGUUGUUUUGUACUGUGGAGCUGUAUCUGUUAAGUUGCUGGUUUUUCAUUGUAUCAGGGAUACCGUGCGCAAGAGAGAUGUGAUCUGUUCAUUUCCUGUUGUAUAAUAAAUGUUUCUGAAUCCUA